AUGCCUUCUCCCAUCCCCGUCACCCGGCUCAUGCCCAAGGACCUCUACCCCUCCCUGGACAUCGGCACGUGCAGCAGCCCGCUGGCCCAGAGCGCGCACGGCCCCAGCCUGCAGGUGCCCGUCCAGCGGCUGCACGGGAAGGUGGCCAGCCGGGUGUGGUCGUCCGUGAUCCACUGGAAGCAUCUGCGCGCCACGCGCCCCGUGGGCUCCGGGGGGUUCGGCUCCGUGUACAAGGCGGAGUACCUCGGGGAGACCGUGGCGCUGAAGAAGGUGAAGAAGAGCACCAAGAACCAGCUGGCCUCGCGCCAGAGCUUCUGGGCCGAGCUGAACGCGGCGCACCUCCGGCACAAGAACAUCGUGCGCGUCAUCGCGGCCACCACCUGCGUCCCCAAGGAGUACGAGGAGGAGAACGGCAUAGGGACCAUCUUGAUGGAGUUUGUGGGCGACAAGAACCUGCAGCAGAUCAUUUACGGAAGCCCCGAGCCGCUGGGGCACGAGAGGUGCCUGGACUUCUCCACGGACAUCGCCAGCGGCCUGAAGUAUCUCCACUCCCACGACGUCGUGCACCUGGACAUAAAGCCGGCCAACGUGCUGGUGUCCAGCCAAGACGUGUGCAAGAUCGCGGACUUCGGCUGCUCCCUGAAGCUGGACCGGGACUCUGAGGCGUGCGCCAUCAGCCCCCACCUGAGCCACGUGUGCGGCACCUACACGCACCGCGCCCCGGAGCUGCUCAAGGGCGAGGGCGUGUCCGGCAAAGUGGACAUCUUCUCCUUCGGGAUCACGCUGUGGCAGCUGCUGACCAGGGACGCGCCCUACUCGGGGGACAGGCAGCACAUCCUGUACGCGGUGGUGGCGCACAGCCUGCGGCCCUCCCUGGAGCAGCCCCCCGUGUUCCGCACGGAGCUGGGCCGGGGGGCCGGGGCCCUGCUGGCCCGCUGCUGGAGCGCGGAGCCCGGCCGCAGACCCUCCGCGCAGGAGCUGCUGAUCCAGUUGGAGCAGCUACGCACCCUGCUAUGA